GGGGCUCAGUGCACUGGCGCCGCCGCCGCCUUCGCCUUCGCCGCUCCGGCCCGGGGUCCGGCUCCUGCCUUCCGCCCCCUCCUCCCGCCGGCCCGCCUGCCCGCGUCCUCGGGAGUUUGCGCAGGUACCUCGUGACAUCCUGGAACUUAGAAAAAGGAAGAGUUCUGCUUUUAGGGGACAAUGCUAAGGGACGCUAUGAAGUCUUGGAGUGAUAGCCAGUCAGACCUCUACAGCAGUGACCAAGAAGAGGAAGAAGAGAUGAUUUUUGGUGAAAACGAGGAGGAUUUGGAAGAGAUGAUGGAUUUAAGUGAUCUGCCUACCUCACUUUUUGCAUGCAGUGUCCAUGAAACUGUGUUUGAGGUGCAAGAGCAGAAGGAGCGAUUUGAAGCACUUUUUACACUCUAUGAUGACCAAGUUACAUUUCAGUUAUUUAAAAGCUUUAGAAGAGUCAGAAUAAACUUCAGCAAACCUGAAGCUGCAGCAAGAGCCCGGAUAGAGUUGCACGAAACAGACUUUGAUGGCAAGAAGCUGAAGCUCUAUUUUGCACAGGUACAAAUGUCCAACGAACCAGGAGACAAAGCCUACCUGCUGCCCCCGCAGCCUGUCAAACAGUUCCUGAUCUCCCCACCGGCCUCUCCUCCUGUGGGCUGGAAGCAGGGUGAAGAUGCGAUGCCUGUCAUAAACUAUGACUUACUCUGUGCCGUUUCCAAGCUGGGUCCUGGAGAGAAAUACGAACUUCAUGCAGGGACUGAGUCUACCCCAAGUGUGGUUGUGCAUGUCUGUGAAAGUGAGACUGAAGAGGAAGAAGAAGCAAAAAAUCCAAAACAGAAAAUCGCCCCAACUAGGCGUCCCGAGGCACCUUCAACGAUACGAAGUGAACCCCAUACUUUGGGUUGUACACUGUGAGGCCAACAGCACCGGGAGAGGCCUCACAUGGUUUUGGGGAUGGAGAGUAAAUGUCUGCACCUGCUGCCGAUAGUAUAGGUCAGUAAGAGUGGAAGAGUGACAGAGAUGCUGUGUUUUCAGCAAUCCUAUGCUGUUCAUUCUGAAAGUUGUGCUUAUUAAAUAUAGUACAGGGUAACAGCAGAUUUUACUAAUGAUUAUCUUUCAUGUUAAAAAUUUUAGAUGAUAUUCUAAACAGCACUUUAAUUUAACAAAUAGUACCACCCCCAAUGUAGCAUCUCUGACAUUUUAAUAGUGGAAAAAUAGUGGAAAGUUGGUUUUAUUUUUUCCAGCAAGUUUAACUUCCCUAAUAUCAUGUAGCAUGGGGUACCAAAACCUGGAUCUAUAUUCACCCAGUCCAGUACCAUUUUAUGGAUUUAAAAAUAUAGUCUCUAGUUUAACAGGUCAGCGUGGGUAUUUUUGUACUGGUAUACUAGCGUCUAACUAAUAUAUUGAUCAAAUGUUAAUGCUAUUCAGUAUAUACUAACAUUUUUGCACGGCUAGAAAUCUGAUGUCUAGGAGAAUUAAUAGAAAAUGAAUCGGCUCAUGUCAAAGUAUUUUUUCCUUCAAGUUUUUUAAAAGAAAUGCCAAAUUCACCUUGACUGAUGAAAACUUUGGCAUCUCUCCGUGUGCAUGUUGUAGUCCUCUACCCUUAACAGAAAGUCUGAAGGGAAGAGAUCCACAGAACCCCUUCCUGAUGUAUAUGCCCUCUUAAAGGCCAGCUUCCUGGCGGCCCCUUUCAAAGCGGGACACCUUGCCAGUAGGCAUGAUUGACCAUGGUGUCAAAUGGCUAAUCAUAAAUUACCAUUUGCAACUGUGUUCCUGUCUAGAGUAAAAACAUGUUUUCAGCCAUUUGAUGUUAGUCUAUUAACUUCUUUGUAUUAACCACUGGUCCUAGACAGUGCCAGUUUUGUUAACAUGUGUUGGUUGUGUCUGCCUCAUUGUCCAGAUAAAAAAAGGUGAUUGAUUUUCUGAAGGUGGUUUGUCAUUUGAAAAUAAGCCUGUA